AUGACGCUCCAAGGGAAGAGGAAGUCGGGCUCCGCGAGCGGGUGGGUGCGCCUCGGGCCGCGGACUCGGUGUCGCUGCCGCCGCCUCUACGGCCGCGUCAGAACAGAAGAGAGGAAGGGGAGGAGCCGCGUGGAGCCUAAGCUGCCGCCUGAGCUUACCCCUGACCCGAGGGCGGUGGGGAGAGCUUGCUCUGUAGCGGUUUCCUUCAGAGCAGGUGGUGACUGCUCCUUGGGGAGUAAGGAGGAGGCCCAGGCCGCGCGGCCUUGCUCGGGCGCGCACCACCCGAAGGUGAGGCAUUUGGCCCCAAACGGGCCUUCGGAAAGCCCAGCUGCUCGAGAAGUUAUCUUACAUCUUGAUCCGCCGCACCUGCUGGAGGGCGCGAGCGCCCCACCCUUCCCCUGGUGUGGAGCCACACCAGCGCCCGGUGACGCGUGGUCAGGCAGAGCAAAUGUUUGAUGAAUGAAUGAAUGGCUCCCUCACUCGCGGAGCUCAGAGGAGUUUGACGGAAGUCCAAGCGCUUUGUAAACUGCGUAGCAUUGUAAAGAUACGAGUUGUAACACAUUGCUCUUACCCCUCUCCACCCCAAGGAAAUGGGGCUGCGGCUGAAGUGAGGAGUCCCAACCUAAGUCUUUAGUGAAAAAGGAGGCGAAUUGUUGGGACGAAGGAAGGGAGCCGUCCUCCCAGGGAUUUUGGAAGGAUUUUUGACGUUUCAGGAGGAGAAUUUAGUACUGCCUCCCUUUUAGGAAUCUUUCAUGUUUGUGGCUUGGAGCUUUGGAGAGCUGGUAUUGGUUGUUAAUCAGUGUCCAUUACUGUAAUCAAGAAAUUUUGGCCUGUGUUUCAGGUCUGACUCAAAGGCUAUUUCCUUUCUAAAAUAAAUAUUAUUACUAUUUAUACUGGUUUUCCUACAGGUGUUAUCCUGGAAAGUAAAUUCAAGUAAAAACUCAUGAAGUUGACAGUGUAGUUCCCUAGGACAGGAAAUUUUAAGAUAAAACGAUUUCAGAAUCCUCAGAAAUCUGUCUUGCACCUGUCCUGAUGAAUAGUGUGAGAAGGAGAUAAAAGCAGGGACGAAAGGAAGCAGAUUCCGCAGUUGGGUCUCUGGACUGUGGCGCGCCUUACCUCUUCCGGAAGCAGCGACAGUGACUAUUACAGAUCUUUCUACCUCAGGGGAUAAGGGGCAGGUUUUUAUAUAAGAUGUGAGGAGGUCAGAAUUUCUGCCCCUUCUGCCACCACCAUAUGCAGAUACAUCAAGGAACCUUGUAACUGGGUAAAAUACACGGGCUCAUUUUUAUUAAAAUGCUGCAGAAAAAGUAAUGGGAGGAGGGGGAGGGGUGGGGACGGAUAUUGCCAAAGCAAGAAGAGACUGAUAAAGCAGCCUUGCCCAUCUCCCGUUCAUCCAAGUUCUAAGAGCCAGGUUAACUCUCCUAUGUUUAAGUUACCCUAGAUUUGACUUCUUAUGACCAGUCCCUGCCAGAUCCUUCCAAAUAAGACUCAGAAGGAAUCUGAACAGCAAGUGAUGGCCCCACAUGGCUACAUGUGUAAAUCAUUUUGGGUUUUGCUCCUCUUCCUAAUUUUUUGAUGGAAAUUGAAGGAAUAAAAUACACAGAUUGAGGGGAUUUUGUAAAGCCUAGCACCACAGAUUUUGUUAACUUUGCCUAUAAAGAAUGCAAACAUCAGAGCUCUGCAACGCAGCAGAGGACACCUCCAGGGAAGUGUGUAAACCAACCACAUGGAGCUUUUCAGCAGCCUGAUUGGUUUUCCUUGUCAGUGGUUCCACCAGAGAACCUUGGUGCUGAGGGGCAGAAUAGCGGGGAGGAGAGCCCUCAGCCAACUACUGAUCAGCUUACAGCUGCACUAGCUUACUAGGCAAGACCCACCCACUUCACCACCCAGUAUGCUAACUGGAGGAAACAGCUGGAACUGGCGGCUGCAGAAAAGGAAGCUCAUACAUUGCAAACUUGGUCUGCAUCUCUUCAGUGCUUUCAUUUCUUAUGGCUCCAGAGAAGAAAACAACUGGUUCAUUCGAAAUUCAAAAAAAGAAAUCUGAAGUUUUAGGUAACAGAGUUCCUUCCCUGGUUCAUCAGUUUGUUUAUAACAAAGAUCUGCAUAGUAUGUUAAAAUAUAACAGAAGGAUAUUUGUAUAGGAUUCUUUUCUACACUUGGAAGUGAGCUCGUAUGAGAAACUAUUUUAUCAGCUUCAUUAUCCCACAUCAGUAGUUUUUGCUGUAAAAGAUUUCAUAAGCUAAAUUCUCUAGCAGUAUUUCUUUCUAGAAAUUCCAUCUACAAUAUUCAAUUACCUUUAGUGGUUUGAUUGUGAAAUAUGCUUUAAAAUGCAUAAAGCAGUUACUCAGUAAAAUGAGUAAUUGUAAAAGAAGCCUCCAUGUAACCAACCAGAUCAAGAAAUGGAACAUUUCCAGCACCCCAGAAGUACCCCAGUGACCUUCCUGAAUACCUUUCCCUCCCUUUUUGAGGUAACUAUUAUUCUAACUUUAGUGAUAGCCAUUUCUUUGCUUUCCUCUAUAGUUUUAUUACAAGCAUGUAUAUCUCUAAACAACAUAUUAUUUGGUUUUGCCCUUUCUCUUGGAACAACAGUAUGUAACCUGUUUUGAUUACAGCUUUUGCUCAACAUCUUUUUUGAUCCAUCAUACAUUGUUUGAGUUGUUCAUAUAACUGUAGUUUGUUCAUUUUAAUUGCUGAGUUUUGUGGUGUUCCAUUAUAGCAGUAUGGCAUAAUUUAUUUAGCCAUUCUAUUGUUGACAAAUACCUGGUUGUUUCCAGUUUGAAAUUAUUGUAAAUACUGCUAUAAAUAUUUCUUACAUAUGUAUUCCAUCACAUCUGAGUUUCUGUAUGGUAUAUACCUGGGCGCAGUCAUGUGUGUUCUAAAUUUGAAUGAAUGAUUCCAAGCUGUUUUCUAAAGUGUUACACUCACACCAGCAUUGUAUGAACCUCAUGGCUCCAACCCUCAACCACGAUUGAUAGUCAGUCCUCUUCUGCCUUGCCAGUCUAGUGGGAGUUUGAGCUUGCAUUUCCCUGAUUGCUGAUGCUGAAUGAGGACCUUUUCAUAUGUCAACUGGCCAUUUGUAUUUCUUUUGUGAACUGUGUUAUCAUUUUCAUGCCUAAUCACUGAGAUAUCCAAUUUUCCAAUAUCCUUUCCAGUCCAUAUUUGAAUAAUAUAUGUCAGGUAAUACUACCAAAUGAGUUACAUUUGGGACAAAUUCUUUCCAAAAUAAGAAUAAUUAUAUUAAUAGUUUGUCUAAUUAUCUCUUACGAAUUUGAUGAUAAACUUCUUAAAAGUGGGUCUAUAAGGCUAUUAUUUUUUGCAUUCCAAAAUAAUGUCAUGCUUUGAACUAUUAAAUUGUUGCUGGAAUCCC